GCUCCUCCGACACCCAGCGGCCAGAAGCGGCAGAGAGCGGACAGGGAGCCCGCUGCUGCCACCUCAACAUGGAGUAGCCUGAGCUCCAGCGGCUGCUGCCCGAGAAGCGGACCCCACGGAGAGGAGUGCGACGCGGCCUCUGCUGAGUUCCCCACCUCGCCCGGAAGAGCCCCGCCGAUGCUCCAGCGGCGGACAUUUUUCUGCAAACGCGACGGGAAGCUCGGCUUUUAUUUGAAAAGAUGGCGAACGACUCUCCGGCUAAAAGUCUAGUUGACAUAGACUUGGCGUCACUGCGGGAUCCAGCUGGGAUAUUCGAAUUGGUGGAGGUGGUUGGAAAUGGCACCUAUGGACAAGUAUACAAGGGACGACACGUCAAGACUGGACAGCUGGCUGCCAUCAAGGUCAUGGACGUCACCGAGGAUGAAGAGGAGGAAAUUAAACUGGAGAUCAAUAUGCUGAAGAAGUAUUCCCACCACAGAAACAUAGCAACCUAUUAUGGCGCUUUCAUUAAGAAGAGCCCCCCAGGACACGACGACCAGCUAUGGCUGGUGAUGGAGUUCUGCGGAGCUGGUUCCAUCACAGACCUGGUGAAGAACACCAAGGGGAACCAGCUGAAGGAAGACUGGAUCGCUUACAUCUCCAGAGAGAUCCUCAGAGGUCUGGCCCACUUACACGCCCACCACGUCAUCCACCGCGACAUCAAGGGCCAGAACGUCCUGCUCACUGAGAAUGCAGAAGUCAAACUAGUGGACUUCGGUGUGAGUGCUCAGCUGGAUCGGACCGUGGGCCGGAGGAACACCUUCAUCGGGACUCCUUAUUGGAUGGCCCCUGAGGUCAUCGCUUGUGACGAAAACCCAGACGCUACAUACGAUUACAGAAGUGAUCUGUGGUCUUGUGGUAUCACAGCUAUUGAAAUGGCUGAAGGAGCACCACCACUUUGCGACAUGCAUCCCAUGCGUGCGCUCUUCCUCAUUCCAAGAAACCCUCCUCCCAGGCUCAAAUCUAAAAAAUGGUCCAAGAAGUUUUUCAGUUUCAUCGAGGGCUGCCUGGUGAAGAACUACACGCAGCGCCCGCCGACGGAGCAGCUGCUCAAGCAUCCCUUCAUCCGAGACCAGCCCAACGAGAGGCAGGUCCGCAUACAACUCAAAGACCACAUCGACCGGACCAAAAAGAAGAGGGGAGAGAAAGAUGAGACCGAGUAUGAGUACAGUGGCAGCGAGGAGGAGGAAGAGGACCCCCCAGAGCAGGAGGGAGAACCCAGCUCCAUUGUCAACGUGCCAGGUGAGUCAACUCUGCGCCGCGACUUCAUCCGCCUGCAGCAGGAGAACAAAGAGCGGUCAGAGGCGCUCCGCCGCCAGCAGCACCUCCAGGAGCAGCAGCUCCGCGAGCAAGAGGAGUACAAGCGCCAGCUAUUGGCCGAGAGGCAGAAACGCAUUGAGCAGCAGAAGGAGCAGAGGAGGCGGCUGGAGGAGCAACAACGACGCGAACGGGAGAUGAGGAGGCAACAGGAGCGUGAGCAGCGUCGCCGCGAGCAAGAGGACAAGAGGCGUGUUGAGGAGAUGGAUCGUAGACGUAAAGAAGAGGAGGAGCGCCGGCGGUCCGACGACGAGAAGAGAAGGAACGAUCGUGAACAGGAGUACAUCAGGCGCCAGCUGGAGGAGGAGCAGAGGCACCUGGAGAUGCUGCAGGAGCAGCUGCUCCGUGAACAGGCCAUGCUGCUGGAGUUCAAGUGGCGGGAGCUCGAGGAGCAGCGCAAGGCCGAGCGACUCCAUAAGCGCCUGCAGCAGGAGCAAGCCUACCUGCUGUCGCUCCAGCACGAGUCCAAACCGCAGCCUGGCGACAAGACCAAACCCCCACAGACCUCCACCCUGCCCCCCGACAGAGCCCUCACAACAACCCCACAAGCUCAGGUCCUCGACAGGGACGUUACUGUAGUGAGAGGCGCUCCCGAGUCCCCCGGAGCCCCUCAGACCGUCCCCUCAGACAGCGCCAAGUCCCAGGCAGCAGAGCCAGAAAAGACUGACAAUGCUGAGACGUGUCCCGACCCGCUCCAGAACUCCCCAAGCCCCAUCCUUUCUCAGACCGAACCUCCAUCUGACUCCCAACCUCCCGAGGCAGAGAGUUCGGAGCCUGAUAGGCCUGCCAAGCCCGUCAGUCAUCCUCCGCAGCCUAUCAGAGAGGCUGACGAGCGAUACCGUAAGAACAUUCAGGGCUCACCUCAGACCGCCCCUCCUCCCAAGCAGCCCCCUCUGCCUCCCCGCUCCUCUGAACCAUUCUCCAAUGGUGGCUCCUCCGCCGAGGCCUCUGCCAUGCACCGGCCCAUGGAGCCCCAGGUCCAGUGGUCCCACCUGGCUGCUCUAAAAAGUAGCAACAGCGCCGCCCCCUCUCCUCCUCCUCCUCCGCCCGUGGUCUCUCGCUCCCAGUCCUUCAGUGAGCCCGGCGGCGUGACCUCUAGCUUUGCACAACUUCACCUGCGCUCCCAGGACCCCCACCAUCACCACCACCCACCAUCAAACGCACGCACUGACCCCCAACCUCCCCUCCUCCCCCAGGGCCAGACUAGGGCAGAGCACCAGGCCAGCGGCGAGGAGGUGCCUCCCAAGGUACCAGUGAGGACAACAUCCAGGUCUCCAGUGCUGUCACGCCGAGAGUCUCCUUUGCCGUCACAGCCUGGGAACCAGGGCGGACAGAGGAUCGCUGGCAGUAACGUGGAGCAGCGCCCGCUGUGGGACCGGGUGGAGAAGCUGCAGCCCCGGCCGGGCAGCGGCAGCUCCUCCGGCUCCUCCAACUCCAGCUCUCAGGCCAGCUCCGGGGACCGCUUCAGGCCACGCUGUGAGUCCCCUGCUUCCUCCAAAUCUGAAGGGUCUCCUCUCCAGCGGCCUGAAAAUGUUCCCAAGAAACAAGAUGAAAAGAACCUCGCCAGACCCACUCGACCAGCCGACCUGACUGCUCUGGCCAAGGAGCUCCGUGCGGUAGACGACGUGCGGCCCCCCCACAAGGUCACCGACUACUCCUCCUCAAGCGAAGAUUCAGGCACCACUGAUGAGGACGACGACGAGGAGGUGGACCAGGAGGCUGGAGAGGAGUCCACCUCCGGACCCGAGGACUCCAGAGCUGGGAGACUGAGCAACGGGGAGACGGAGUCCACUAAGACCAUGCUGGUUGAAGACUCCGAGAGCGACCAAGCAAUUACGCCCUCCAAGGACGGCACGCUGGUCAUCAGACAGAGCACCGCUGACAUAAAGCGGUUGGUCAAUCUCUCAUCCUCCUCUUCCUCCUCUUCCUCGGCUGGCUCUGGUCAUGGCCACGGCCAGACCCCCAGCAACGGGCCGCCAGAGAAAAACGGCUUUGCCGGCCGCAUUCACCACCUGCCAGAUCUUAUCCAGCAGAGCCAUCACCCCUCUUCCUCCUCCACAACCAUCCCUUCCUCCUCCUCCUCCUCCCCCUCCUUCCCCUCAUCAUCUAGCCAUGCCAGUCCUGCCAUGUCCCCACAGAACCCCCUGGACCAGUUCACUGCCAUAGAGUCCCAGUCAGAGAGCAACUCCAUGUCCAAACACAAGUCUUCCUCCUCCUUCACUCCCUUCAUCGACCCGCGCCUUCUCCAGAUCUCUCCAUCCAGCGGCAGCUCCCUCAACAACAUGGCUGCAUUUGGUCAGGACGGACGCUUGGUGGACCCGCUGAAGGCCGACCCGUCCCGUAAGGGCUCGGUGGUCAACGUCAACCCAGUCAACACGCGCCCGCCGAGCGACACGCCCGAGAUUCGCAAGUACAAGAAGAGGUUUAACUCUGAGAUCCUGUGUGCUGCUCUCUGGGGGGUGAACCUGCUGGUGGGGACGGAGAGCGGUCUGAUGCUGCUGGACCGCAGCGGUCAAGGGAAGGUUUACCCUCUGAUCAACAGACGACGCAUCCAACAGAUGGAUGUGCUGGAGGGACUCAAUGUCCUAGUCACCAUAUCAGGUAAAAAGAACAAGCUGCGAGUGUAUUACCUGUCGUGGCUCAGGAACAAGAUCUUGCACAACGACCCCGAGGUGGAGAAGAAGCAGGGUUGGGUCAAUGUGGGCGACCUGGAAGGCUGCGUCCACUACAAAGUCGUGAAGUAUGAGAGGAUUAAAUUCUUGGUGCUGGCCUUGAAGAAUGCUGUGGAGGUGUACGCCUGGGCGCCCAAGCCCUACCACAAAUUCAUGGCCUUUAAGUCUUUUGGGGACCUGGUGCACAGGCCUCUGCUGGUUGACCUGACGGUGGAGGAGGGUCAGAGGUUAAAGGUCAUCUACGGCUCCUGCUCAGGCUUCCAUGCUGUGGAUGUGGACUCCGGUGCCGUCUAUGACAUCUACCUGCCCACACAUAUCCAGACCAGCAUUCAGUGCCACGCCAUCAUCAUCUUGCCCAACACUGACGGGAUCGAGCUGCUGGUGUGUUACGAGGACGAGGGCGUCUACGUCAACACGUACGGGCGCAUCACCAAGGAUGUGGUGCUGCAGUGGGGAGAAAUGCCAACUUCAGUGGCCUACAUUAGGUCAAACCAGAUCAUGGGCUGGGGCGAGAAGGCCAUAGAGAUCCGCUCUGUGGAGACGGGCCACCUGGACGGGGUCUUCAUGCACAAGAGAGCUCAGAGACUCAAGUUCCUCUGUGAACGGAACGACAAGGUCUUCUUCGCCUCUGUGCGCCAAGGAGGUGCCAGCCAGGUGUACUUCAUGACCCUGGGACGCACCUCCCUCAUGAGCUGGUAGCCGUUACCCCCCACACAGCGCCAGCCGACACGGUGACCGUACCCAAGCAGCGACCAACAGACGACGAUUGUGACUAUGACCGAUGAAGAAGAGAACAGCCUUGAGCCUGAGCUGGAGAGGCAUCUCUGCGAAGGGGGAAAAGGUUUUGCUCUCGUCUGCUCGGGGCAAACAAACAACGGAUUGGACUGUAAUCAUGAAAAGAAGCGAGGGAUGGGGUGUGUGUUUGUGUGUGUGUGUGUGUGUGUGUGUGUGGAGGAUCGUUCUGUCUCUGUCCUAAUGUCUGUAAACUGUAUUACGCCGACAGAACCCCCACACCAGCCUCCAGCUUCUCCUCACCCCAUCUCCACCCACUCCUCCUCUUCCUCUGCGGGACGUCGACUCUGUUGCCUGUCGAUUGGCGAUUGAUGAAACCUGUUAUGUGUCAUAGUAAAACUUUGCAUCGUGUGUGUGUGUGUGUGUGUGUGUGUGUGUGUGUGUGUGUGUGUGUGUGUGUGUGUGUGUGUGUGUGUGUGUGUGUGUGUGUGUGUGUGUGUGUGUGUGUGUGUGUGUGUGUGAACGGAGGCAACACUGAGCAUGUGAAUGACUGACAAUGUGUGCGUUUGUCUGAAGGGACACGUUUAAGAGGCUAAACGCGACCGCCGGCGUAGUUUUGAAGCCACACCCUCGAUCUCCGCCGUUCGUGGCUGCGCUUAGUCCAAGGUCCUAUUCGGGUUAUAAACAAACUCCUAUUCCCUCCAUGAUAGAUUUCCACGUCAAGCAUGUCACGAAGAAACACUCGUUCACAGUCACCGAUUUACUCCCGUAAAAGAUGCUUGACUUGUAAAUCUGCCUGCGUCUUCACUUUUUUGCCUUUUCCUCCUUAAAGUGAAGAUUUUUUAAGGGACCUUCUUGAUGUAUCCAUUAAACACAGGGUACUGGAUUAUCAGCGUGUACAUACUAACGACAUCGACCUCCCCCGGGUUUAACCAACACUCUCAACUUUUACCACAUUGCCUCAAACGUACUGUAGGUUAUGUCGGGACGGAAGUAGCCCUGUUUCUGAUGGCAUGUUGCUUUGGUGUUAUUAACUAAAUUAGCCCCUGUUUUUAAUACACUGUAUAUUUUCUAUGUGACUCGCUGCACAUACAUGAAGCAUAAGAACACACCUGUAGAUGAGUUUUAAAGGAAGAAUCCACCUUAUUCAUCGUCCUCUGUGGUAUUUUUCAGGGCUUUCCAGACCCAGAAAUGUGACGUCGUCGGGUGGAUUUAUUUUCCUUUAACACCAGACAUUAGUAGGGCUAGGAUAAACUGUGAAUUAGACAUGCAGGAUUAGCAGGUGGCCGUUAACGUAGCAUGGACGCCAGCGGGCAGAAGUGGCGCUAAGGGAAUGAAGGCAGCGUGCAUAGGUGCCACUGAAGCGGGCGGAGAAGAAGCUUUGAACAUCACACUCCACAUCGAGGAGCGAUCAGGUCCAUGAUCUCCCAACUCUGUAUUAAAGUGCAGCUGAACGUUGCCUUGGAAGGGGCUCAAGCCGAUUUAUAAACCGCAAACAUCCUCCGUGAACAGCAAAGACGUGUAGAUUUAGUGUCGGAAGUCUGAACCAGCCAUGUGAUUCACUAUUGGACCUCUUGUUUUUGACAUUUUCAGUCAGUCUGGAUGGAAAAUACCAAUUUAACCAGAGCGUCACUCCAUCCCAGAAAUGUAUUUUACUUCUUCAUUUUAUUUCUCUCCCUCACUCAACCUCUGAAAUCCAACGGUUUCAUUUCACCGUUAAAUUUGUCAGAUCAUCAUCCCGUGGCUCCUGCGUCUGUACGACACGAACAAAUGGGAUGAAUUUCACCUCCUUCAGGUCGACUCGACUCUGGGCUCCUGCUCUGAGGCCGGGUGGUGCCUUCACGCAGAACACGGGAACAAGAUGCUCUCACUUGUAAAAGCGAGGAAGGGAAGACAAAUCACACGUUCUACUAGCAGUGUUACGAAACCACUUCAGACAACAAGAACCAAGCAGCAUAUUUUCUAACUUGGACUUAGUUUUUAAUCUUGUUUCUUGCGAUUUUUAUUAUGUAACCCUUCAGAUAAUUAUGCGACUGCAGUGGUUUUUAAAUUUUAAUGCAAUUAUGUUGGAAAUGUUUACAGAAGCAAUUGUUUUGUCAAACCAAUGUGCAUCGAUAUGAAUAUUUAUGGUUUAUUUCGAGGGCGGAGUUUUACCCUGUUUUGUAUUUUGCAUUAUUCCCUUUUUGUACCAUCAUUUAGACCUUUUCUUUUGUGUGUGUACAGGAAUAAUUGACUUUUGCUCAUGUUACGCAAGUCCAGAGUGUGAUUUUACUGAUUCCUCUACAUCCUGCUUAGUGCAGUGUGCCCCUGGCUGUGUGGCAGCGUGGACGGAAAAUGUUUUCCACCUGCCAGGUGACAUGUUUCCCCUCAAACGUCUAUCUGCCACGCCUCUCUAAUUUAUGUCCUCUCUGUGUGUACUAUGGGAAUUACUGUAUUUUCCUGAAGGUCUUUUUUUUCCAUUGAAUAAAAUGAGAAGUAAUUUACA